AUUUUACUCGUGAGGAACCGCACUCGAGAUUCGUGUUGAAGAAGGUUUCCUCUAAGAUGACGGUAUACACAUGUGAAUUAGUCUCAUUUAAUACCCAUGAUGGUUAUUUGGAGAGAUAAAUUAACAAACUUUCUUAUUUUUACUUCCUACAUGGGGUAAACAGUCGUACGAGGAUGAUGAAAACUUUGGAAGUUACAGCGUGGUUGGUUCAUUUCCCAAAGAUUUCGGGUAAGUUCUCAGUCUGUAUCGAUUGAACCUGUGUCACAGUGGACGAUAGAAAGUGCAAGUUGUCUUUUUUCAACACAGCUAAGAGGUACCAUUUCGUUUCCGCGAUUAAGUUUUGUUUUAACGUUCAAUAGCCAUGGAAAUAUGAAGUCUAAGCGUAAAACAGUUUCUAACGAGCCAAGCCUGUGUACAACUGUACACAAUUUCUUAGUUUUCUCGACGUUUUCGAAUGUUUAUUCUUCGCUGGAAAAAUUGCAAACGCUACCUUUCUUAACUUACUCUCGAAUUGUUGGACAAUUGGAGUAAACCUAGUGUUCAAUGGCUCAUAACGCGAUGAUUUGUGCAAUAUCUGUAAUUCUUUGUUAUCACAUGAAAUUCAUGGCGAGGGUUUUGAAGCAAUAUUAUUGAUCAAGUAAACUGAAAUGGUUUGUACAUGUUAAAUAAAAUUGCUCAGCUCUAGAUAUAUCGUGACCUAAACUGCAUGCGAGUGACACUGAUCACAUUGUGAAAUAAAUGGGAUUAUGUCACCGAACAAUUUAUAUAUAUAUAUAUAUAUAUAUAUAUAUGAAAAAAGAUGCUCACAUAGGGUUAAAGGAAUUUGUGGUGAAAAGUUGUGAGCUCCUUGAAGAUCUUUUUGUCGAUUCUCCUUACUGUCUGUUGAGGGGGAUGUAUAAGAGCUAAUUGGGAGAAUUGCAAGCUAAAUUUUGGGAGUUCAGUUUAAAGAAAACACUUUCCAUGAGCUUCUUGCCAGAACAAACCAUACUGGCUUGAGUAUAAAUUUAACCUCCAACAGCAAAUAUCUAAUGGUUAAUUCUUGGCUGCAGCUUAUUUCCUUGUUAAUAAGCUAUGAGAAUUUGGUUUUAGAUCAGGAUAACAAUUUCUGCCUGAUAAGUUUGAGCAUUCUCAUUACCAGUUGCUGGAUAAUAUAUGGAUAUAUCAUGAGGAAAAGUUAUGCAUUAAUCACUUCUGAGAGUGAAAGGGGUUUAGUGAGUGGCUGUGCAGAUUUGUUUAAGCAGCUGAUAUACAGGAAAGUUGUUUGUCCAGACUCAAUGCUUUCUAUUUUGCACCCCACAUGCAGAAUGCCAAUUCUAUUACCACAGUGUAAACAACUCGUAAUCUAUUUCAGUAAUAACAUGAUUUUGAAUGGAAUUUGGUGUAAAUAAGCACAAGCAGUGUUUUCAAUGACAACAAAAUUGCAUAAACCUGUAGGGCAAGUCCAAUUUGUAGUCUUCGAAAAACGUACAAGUGCUUAUUGCAUCUAAUUAGACCUGAAAUCAUGUUAUUACCUUUUAAUAAUAUACAUGAAAAAACAUCACAGUCAAGAAAGACAACAUUUUAAAAGUAUGCAGGAUAAAUUUUAAUUUGCACUCGUGUUACAUCUUUGCUCUCAUGAGAAUGCACUCAUUUUCAGCCAAUGAGAAGUGCUUAAUUUUUUUUAUGUAUAUUAUUAAGUGAAAAAUACCUUUAUUUUGUGUUUAGCUAUGGUCCAGAAGACCAGGAUGAACUCUCAAGCAGUGACAACAAACCCAGGAUUCUAUUGCUGGGCCUUAGAAGGUGUGCAAAUAACAACGCUGUUAUAGUUUCAAGAGCAAAAUGUUAGAAAAUAUAACUUAACCCUUUAACUCGCAAGAUCUCAUUAGCAAUUCUCCUUACUGUCUGCUAUACAAUUCUCAUGAUGUUAUUUUGGAGAAUUUGGUAUUGGAUCAACUGAUAAUCUCGUAACUGAUAUUUCUCUUUAUUCUCAUUACUUGUCUGCUUGAUGUUGUUUUUACUCAAAGGUUUAAGUACAUGUAUACCUGUAUUCCUUCUCUGUCCCCCUGAUUGAUCCUUUACACCCCAAGAGUGAUGAGCAUCUUAUUUCUCCUCUCUGUAUCCUCCCUGAAUCACACAUUAAGGUGAAAUGUAUUUACUUUAUCAUCUCAGUGGGAAUCUUGAAUCCUCAAAUCCAAUCAGCAAAUUGCUCGCUUGUAACUGGUCCAGUUUUUUUCCUUUUCUUUACAAUACAGAACAAGGUUUCAAAUUUUUUUUAAUGCCAUUAGCUGCAAAGCAUAGCAAAUAAGGAAACUAGCAGAAAAAGACUGCAUCCUGUCUUCAAGAUCUUAGGAACAGUUUUUUAUUUUUCUAUGUCCUCCUGCAUAGUACAUAACAUAUGUACCUGAUUUGUGUUACUGUGCAAGACACUUUGUUAACUCCCACUUAAUUUUUUAAAAUGACACUGUGUAUCAGCUGAUUGUAAUUAAUAUCUCUGCUUUCAAUUUUCUUGAAGGAGCGGCAAAUCUUCCAUCCAGAAAGUUGUUUUCCACAAGAUGUCUCCAAAUGAAACACUUUUCUUGGAAAGCACCAAUAAAAUAGUGAAAGAUGGUAUCCUUGAAAACAAUGGAUGGUGUAACAUUUUAGGUUACAACUGAAGUACAAAAGAUUUCAAACUAUCUAAAAAAUAACUUACCAAAGGCAAAGUAAAUAAUUGUGUUGGUAUAAUUGCUCUUGAUGUGCUUUCAAAUUCUGUUAUAGAUUUGUUUUUUCUUGUUGAAACACAUUGUAACAUUCUGUGACAAUUGUUUUGAUAACUUGUAUCUAGGUACAUAUAAGAAGCCAGUCUCCAGUAGAAUUUAACAGGUUUAUUCAAUUUCAUCAGCAAAAACUUUUUAUCUUUCUUUGAAAUUGUUUUGCCAAAUUUAAUAGAACCUCCUCUGCAUUUCAGAAGAGUGUUUUCUCCUAAAUAGCAUUUAUUGCUUCCUACGUAACAUUGGCAAAACGUAAAGCAACCAUUUUGACAUUUAGCUCCCCUGCUAUAAUCACCUUGUGCAAGGUGAUUAUAGCAAGAUAUGAUACAGUCCUCAACCAAUCACAGGGCAGGCAUCUCUAUAAUCACAAGAGCAAUUAUGCAUAUAAAAGAACCUUCAUUUAAUGCACAGAAGUGAUUAAUGUAUAACCUCUCCUUACAAUAUCCCAACAGGUAAUGAGAAAAUCUACAUUUAUCAGGUUGAAGUUGUUAUCUUGAGUGGACACCCAAAUUCUUGUUGCUAUAUGUAAUCUACCAGACCAAGUGAAUGUGUAACAGCUAAACAGGAGAAUUGUCAUGUACUUUCUACUUUUAAUAUCCAUAUAUUAUCCCAACAAACAGGUUAAUGACAAUACUCAAACUUAUCAGGUAGAAGUUUUUAUCUUGAUCUGACACCAAAAUCUCAUAACUAAUUCACAAGGAAAUGUUUACCAGUUAGAGAGGAGAAUUACCAAUUGGGUCUUUAGAGUUUUAAAGGGUUAACAUGAUGAUGUUCAACACUGGUUCAGCUGAUGAUACCAAGAUAUUGCAGCUAACCUUCAGCCAUUUUCUUUAAUAAAAACCUUAAGUUCUUAAACUUAUUUUGUAGUCUUCAUCCUCAUUCAUCCUUGCCCACAGUCCCUUCAUGUAUUAUUUUGUUGAUGUUAAGUAACCUCCCUUGCUUCUCAUGUUGUCAAAUACUCCAUGGAUUUCUCCAAAUUGAUAAAAGUAUUUUAAGUGAUUUGUUCUCAACCCUUUUACUCCAUAACAUCAGUAUGCAUAUUCUCCAUACUACUCUCUAGACAUUUCCUGGGGUUCUGACAAGGAGAAUUUGUUCAUCAGUCAAGAGCUUCCUUGGGUGGUGAUCAUUUCCUUUAUUCACAUGAUCUUAAUGUGUGACUCAGGGGUGAUAUUGUAAGGAGAAAUUAGAUGCUAGUCACUGUUAGGGAUUAAAGGGUUAAAAUUGAUUUAUGAAGGAAUAUGGACCACAAAAAUUGUGUUAACUUGAAGCAUAUUUUUUUCCUUAACUUCAUGAUCCCUAAGACAUAUCAAAUAGCUCCUUUGUGCAGUUCCAGGUAUGUUAUUUGUACUUCCUGUUUUGUAUUCAUGUUUUGAAUAUAUGGUAUUUGAAUAAUUUUUAAGCAGUGUACUGCAAUUUCUAUAGGUUUACCAAUGUAAUCACACACAAACAGGAUCUUUGUAAAUCCCAAGCCUAAGUUUUACGUUGUGAAAUGGUCCAUCAAGUUCUCGUUUAUCUCAAUUUUUUCUUCUUCUUGUAUAGAUUUGGGACUUUCCAGGCCAGAUUGAUUUUUUUGACCCAGCAUUUGAUUCAGAAGUGUUGUUUGGCCAUUGUGGAGCUCUUGUUUUUGUUAUAGAUGCACAGGUAUGUCUAUGUUAUUUAUUAUUCAUGGAGGGGUAUGUUGCAGAUAAAAAUCAUUUGAUUGAUGUUGUAAUUAAAUCAUGUAGGGGAGGGCACUUGUAGAUCUUGGACUACCUGAGCUGCUGUGAUCUUGAAUGUCUGACAUGAUGAUUGCAUUAACUCAGGUUUUAAAAAUGAUGGACAGUCUGCAAAAUAUGAUAAUUUGGUUUCAUCAGCUUAGUAUUUUCAAUUAGUCACUGGUAUGUAAAGAGUUUCCAAAGCUGACGUUUUUCAGUGCUAGCCCUUUGAUGAAGAAUACGUUCUCUUCAAGGUGGCCAAUUCACAUCAACCAGCUCCAAGUUGAUGAAACCAAAUCAUCUUGUAAUGCUCUCCACAGUCUCUUUAGAAUUUUACCCCAUUACUUGCCAGUAAUCUUAUGAAUAUGAGCGGAACAUUCGAAGCUUAGUAACCACACAUUAGAUUGGACAGGAAAAUGGAAAUGUUCCCACAGAUAAGCCGCACCCCCAAUUUCUAGCAACGAUUUUUGGAAAAAGAUGCAGCUUAUCUGUGGGUUUUUAUAGUAUACUGCUCCUUUUCUGGACUACAUUCAUAGGAAAAAUUUAUUUACAAGACACUUCUACUGGUAUUCAAACUAUUUUAUCUCUCUACCGGCCCCCACAAUGACUUGAUUUUUGCCUUGAGGCCUUGUUUAUGGUAUCCCAAACAGCAAGGGCAUUUUUUUUCUUGAUACCAUUUUUUUCUCAGAAUUAAUUUUCUUGGUAUAUUUUAGGAUGAUUAUAUGGACGCCCUUGGAAAGCUCCAUAUGACUGUAACAAGAGCAUACAAGGUAAGCUUGAGCAUCAGUCACCAUUUGAGAAUGUUUUUAUAAUGUCCCUUUGACACUUAUGAUGAACUAGAAACGAAUUUGUCCCCACUGUAUCACCCUUGAACCACACACUAAGGUCACGAAAGGAGAUGGCCAAUCGCUAAAGAAACUCUUGAUUGGUAAACAAAUUCUCCUUGUCAGCACCUUAGGAAAUGUAUAUAGAACAGUGUGGAGAAUAUGCUUACUGAUGUUUGGGUGUAAAGGGAUAAAUGCAUUGUACCUACCAUUGUGAGCAUGUUGCUCUAACUCCCAAGAUUUGACAGUAAACUUUUCCCUCCAGCAGCUUCGCAUUUCCUUGUAAAUAAAUUAGGAGAAUGUGGUGUUAGAUCAAGAUAACAACUUCCUCUGUACCUGAUAAGUUUGAGUAUUGUUGUUACUUGUUUGCUGGGAUAAUGAAUGAAUGUUAUAAAGAGAUGUUACAUAUUUACCACUUCUGGGAGUUUGUGCCACUGAAACUGGGAUGAGCUUUGACAGGAAGUGGCCUGAUAGGAAGUGGCCUGAUAGGAAGUGGCCUGAUAGAAAUUGGCCUGAUAGGAAGUGGCCUGACAGGAAGUGGCCUGACAGGAAGUGGCCUGACAGGAAGUGGCCUGACAGGAAGUGGCCUGACAGGAAGUGGCCUGACAGGAAGUGGCCUGCAAGCACACUUUACCUUACUCUCCACCCAAUCAUCUAGGUAUUCACUCUGUUAGCCUUUAAAAGGUUUUUUAACUUAGUCCUUUAAUCUUAGAGGUGAUUGACAUAAAACUUCUCCCUAUAAUAUCCAUACAUCAUCCAGCAAACAGGUAACAAGAAUACUCAAACUUAUCCGGUGGAAGUUGUCAUCUUGAUCUAACACCAAAAUAUCAGAACUAAUUUACAAGGAAAUGUGUAGCAGCUAGAGGGGAGAAUUAACAAUCAGAUCUUGGAAGUAAAAAGUUAAAGGUGUGAGCUUAUAUUUGUGUUUAUGGGAAUUUCACUGCAAAAGCAAGAUCUACACGUAUUGACAGAAAUCCUUUCUUGAAUCUCUCCAGGUCAAUCCAAACAUAAAGUUUGAAGUAUUUAUUCACAAAGUAGAUGGAUUGUCUGAUGAUCAUAAAAUUGGUAAGAGAGUUGGUUACUUCCUUCACAGUGCAGUGCUCCACAAUGAUCCCUGAAUUUUUAAGUUAAAGUCGGCAAAGUUAUGUUUGUCAAAUGGUGAGAGUGUCCACAAGUACAUUUAUAUGUCCAUGUAGGAGUGUGUUUUUAUCAAAGAAAUAUCUGGUAAAAACUUUGAAUCAUUGUAUUUUGUGAUAAGCUACACUUUCUUGUUUGCAACAUACUGGUCAAUUUAGCGUAAUAUUGGCGAGCGAGUGCUCAGUAUUUUCUUGCUAAGUAAUUUUUUUUUUCUCAACGAAAACUAUGGCCGCCAUCUUUGAUUUUAAUGGCAGUGGAAGGCUGUGAGAGAAAAAAAAUUUGCACCAAGGGGGUGGUCGACGGUCAAAAAUAAGGAGAGGGGUGGGGGUGGGGGAGUGAAGAUUACUGGUUUCUUUUGAUGUUUUUCUUUGAGUCCUUGGUAAAUGCUCUGCAAUUUGUAUUUUUAACACAGAAACUCAGCGUGAUAUUCACCAAAGAGCGACAGAUGAGCUUGCAGAUGCAGGUCUGGAAGGCCUUCACUUGAGGUAAUUCAAUUUUAGUUGACAUGUAACGCACCUUGCUUGAUAGUGUUUUCACACUUACGUAGACCAAAUUAACGGUAAUUAUGUAAACAUAGCACUAGACUGACAUUGUCGUGCUCUGCAAUAUGUAAUCCGUUUGAUGGAUUUUCCGUCUUAUUUUACAGCUUUUACUUGACGAGUAUAUAUGAUCACUCAAUAUUUGAGGUAAGGUAAUAUGGUGCUCAUAGGAACUUAAAUUUUAGAGCUGUAAUCAUAUACAUGUAUAGUACACAGAGUGAUGCAGGAGCGUGCGCAGAAAUUGAAUGUCUCUUCGAGCGUUCAACUCGAGUUGAACACGCGAAGAGAAAUUAAAUACCAUAUCUACAAGGAAACAUGUUUUGGUAAGUUUAUUAUACAUGUGCAUAAACUUCGUAUGCCUUUACUGACAUAAAAAUUCGACAAGCGACCAUGGAUUGAGAAUGGUGACCGCCUCGCCAUUCAUUCAUCAAUCUGACAGAGUGGCGCCUAAGGCGAGUGACGUGUCAGUAGCUGAUUGGCGAUAUCAAACACGAGUGAUUAUUAUUGUAAUUUUUACACAUGUGCUGUUAAGGCUUUUCUCAGGGCCGGAAAUCCUUGUAAAACAUCGCAUUUUAUGUAAUAAAGUUCAUUGUAGUUCAUGUGAAGGACUGCUUUGACUGCUACAACUGUAAAUCUUUCCUGCAUCACUUAAAACACAGGGUCACCAAGUUUUUAUGAUUUACUAAUUGUCGUCAUGUUUGUCGUCUUUUCAUCAUCAGGCUUUUAGCAAAGUAGUGCAAAAACUCGUCCCUCAACUUCCAACACUGGAGAACUUAUUGAAUAUUCUUAUAACAGUAAGUACAGCGCCUCGGUUCUAUAGUUGAAAUAAUUUGGUUUUAACAAUUGUAAUGUAAAUUGGCCACCGUAGAGAAAUUGUACACGUGAAGCUGACGUUUCUAGCAUUAUUCAGCCCUCCGUCUGAGUUUUGUUCUGUUUUUUUCUAACAAAGGGCAAAUGUCAGCUUUAGAAACUCUCUGCAAUGGCCAAUUUUCAACUCAGUCCCUAAAACCAACUCAUCUUGUAAUACUUCCACCGACAUAGUACCAUAGUAUCUCCAGAAACUUAUCGUUUUAGUUAUCUCUAGACUCAAGUCUUAUCAUUUCAUAUGAGAUAACUGGGAAAAAAAAUUCAAUGAAAUACAUUAACCUUUAACUCCCAUGAGUGACCAAGACAGAAUUUCUCUCAACAAUAUCAGUACAAAAUCAAGAAGACAAAUGAUGAGAACCAAGAAAAGUAUCAAUCGGGGGAUUGUUAUUUGAUCCAAUACCAAAUUCUCAGAAGUAAUAUUAGAAGAGUUGAAUCGCAGACAGUAAGGAGAAUUACUAAUGAGAUCGUGGGAGUUAAAGGGUUAAACUGACUUGAAACAAAUGGAUGGGUAUUUUCCACACAUAUAUGUGUAGAAAAUAGAGAGCAUGUUGUAUCUACGACAUGCUCAUUUCUAAUUAAAAAAUAAAAUGGUUCAGAGACUGCUUCUAGCAAAUCUUGCCCGGUGAUCCACAUUUGUUGUAGAAAAAUUCAUAGUAUUUCAUCUUGGGAGUCUUGUCUGCGACUCUACGUCAUCAGACCAAAUCAUGUCGUAUUUUUAUCAGUUGUUCAAAGUUUCGCAAUGUUUACUUCAUUAGGGAUUAAAAUGCUAGAAGCCUCGAUAAAUCUUUUCCCCUUCCUAUUUUUUCUUUUUGUUAUUUCAUUCUAAUGAAAUAAUAGAGAUAUAAAAAACUUUGUGAAGAUGGAAAAAAAAUGCGUGGCUUUGAAAUGGCAUCAAAAUGUACAGGAGCCAUUUAAGCUACUAAGACGAGUGCUUUAAAAUGCUCGUUUUUGUAUUCCUGAAUUUCAACUCUGUAAGCUUUAUGUAACAUUUAAAGUGCACAUGUAGACACCAUCUUUAAUGUGAGAUUUACUCUGUUUUGUUUUGUUUUCCUUUUCCAAGAAUUCAGGCAUCGAGAAAGCCUUUCUGUUUGAUGUUGUCAGCAAGAUUUAUGUGGCCACGGACAGGUAAGUGACUUCUUAACUGGCAAUAAUGUCCGCGCUUAUCUUACGUUGAACCAUCGAGUAAGGUUUAUGUAUACGUAUGUACAGUUUGGAAUAGAUUCAAACUAAAUGCAAUGAGUAGAAGACUUUUUCUCUAAUUAACAUAGCGUCAUCUAAUCACAAGGGUGGUUGGGAAAUUCGAAGAAGUGAUGCAACCCAGGACACAGUCAAGGGUCUGCUUAAUUUUUUUUUUUAAUUCUUUUAACCAUUCUCAUGUUUUUACAGGAUGUGUAAACACGGAAAUAAGUCGUCCACUCUGUGAAUAAAAUAAUUCUCCGAAAGCAUAGAAAUAGUGUUGACAAAAUCUCGUGCAAACUCACUUGUGCAAUGAGAGCGCGCUUACUGUCUUAAUAUUUGAUAAAUGUGGUUAUUUUUAUACUGUGGUCCUUGAUUGUGUUGUGCUCUUUUCUUGUGCUCAGUUCACCGGUGGACAUGCAGUCCUACGAGCUUUGUUGUGACAUGAUCGACGUUGUUAUUGAUAUUUCAUGCAUUUACGGGUAAGGAAGUCAACACUGAUGUUUAUUACACGUGCACUUUGCAGUGAGGUUCUUGAUUUCAGCUCUGUGGAUGAGGUCCUAAAGCAGAGGUUACUGGCGGUCUACCACCGCCUAUAGGACUUCUCGACUCCGCUUGUUUAGCAUGCGAGUAGGAUUCUCGUGUUUGGACUUCGCCUGACGCUUCGGUCACCAAUUACACCAUCGGCAGCCGGUUGUGGAAAAAGUUAUUGAAACCUCUGCCAAAGUGUAUUGAUUUACGUGUCGUUUUGAGCCAUUUAACCAAUUGUUUGUGUAUUAGGCGUGUUUAAUGCAAAUUUGCCCAGAUUUGUCUAAUAAAAAACUCGUUUGCAACAAAAAAAUCAAUGUCCCUUGAAUUAACGCUAGUUGAAGGAAAAUUGGAAAUUACUUCCCCAUGAAUAAAAUUAACGCAGAAGAGAUGUUUGAGUUUCAGAGUUAGAGAAAUCGACGUUUGCCUCCAGUUCGUAACUUUACAAACUUUUCUCGUGUUCUUCCAACAUCCCGCGUGUAUUAUUACGCAUGUAAACCGAUAGAAACUGCAGUCUGUUGCUUAAAAAGCAUUAAUCGUAUUUGGUCAUCAACAGGUUAAGAGAGGAAGGAGAUAGCAGUGCAUAUGACAUGGAGUCUUCGUCGAUCAUCAAACUCAACAACUCGACUAUUCUGUACCUUCGAGAGGUGAACAAGUAAGUGAGCGUUUCCAUGGCGCAGAGUGGUCGUGCACCCUUAACUUAAGUAUUGCAUGACCCGUUAGUUUGUUUACUUCAGACUUCAGUCAGGUCGUGGCAGUCAUCUGCUGUUUGAUAGCUGGUUUGUCGUACUGCAAUGUAUAUACUUAUUGAAUGAGGGAGAGGACCCAGCGGACGGGGCUAAAAGUCAUGGCGCACGAACCGAGCGCCAAACGUUUUCCCGUUCAGCCCGACCAAAUUCAGUCAAUAAGCACUUAAUCAUUUGACUUUAAGUGCAAAACAUUUUUAAAAGUUUGUUUCAACCUGAAUAUAACGCACUUGCAUGCAAAAGAAGGGCGCGCACCAGACAACUAAUAAAAAGAUUCUUCAGUAAAAGCCGCUUUCCUUUUAUUUCAACGAGUCAGAACGAGAACUCGUAAUUCAUUGAGAAGCGCGACUCAUUUUGUCGUUUGUUAUAUUUUCAGUUAAAGAACGCAAUUUUAAUUCACGCCCUCGGAAAAUGCAAAAGGGCCGUGAAAGUGCAGGGCAGAACGGCUUUUUACCGGGCUGGCUCACGUUAACCCGCCCGUCCCUAACACGUCAUCUCUUACUAUAGUUUUUUAUGGGAUUACGCGCGCGGGGCUAUACGUAUCAUAAGAGAAAACGAGAUAUGGCAUGAAAUACACCAGCUUUAAAUUGCGGUUGAAAUCACACACUUGUUUUGAGCAUAUUCCGGGACAAAGAACCAACCAUUAUUUGCCUCGCACAAUGAAGGCUCUUAAGCUCUGCUAGAAGUAGCGCCUAACUAAUAUUUGAGUUACAUGGGGUAGGCCUUUUUUUUCUGCAGUUUCGUUAAUUGAAGUUUAACUGUGAGUAACGUUUCUAAUAAUGAAGUAGGCCACAUUUUUGUCAUCUUUCAUUAUAUUCAGAAACAAUUCAAGUUUAAUGAUUUCUUCACAGAUUCCUUGCUCUUGUCUGCAUUCUAAGAGAAGACAACUUCGAGAAAAAAGGUCAGUGUACAGCGUGCAAUGUAGCUAAAUGAAUGUUGCACACUUUUCAGUUUUGAGAGCGACUAAUUCUGGAACAAAUGCUGAACAACCCUUUUUCUCGCAUAUAUUGCUAUUGUUUCCGAUUAAAACCUGAAAAUUUCGUAACCGUUUACCACCUAACAUCAGUAAGCAUAUUCUACGUUCUAUUUUCUCGACAUUUCUUAAGUUGCUAACAAGAAGAAUUUGAUAGACAAUCAAUAGUGUCUUUAUUUGAUGAUCAUGUCUUUUAUUCUCGUGAUAUUGUGAGGAGAAGAUAGAUGUUAGUCGUUCUAAAGGGUCAAAAGUUUAAAGAUACGUGUUAUAGUCUUUAAAUAAAUUAACGCAAACGUAACCUGGAAGUUUAUUGAAGUUCCUUUUUUUGGUGUGAUAUUGUAUCAAGUUGCUUGUGGAAUGCUUUUACGACUUGUUCUGAUGCUAUAUACAAUAUGUCAGCCAGCUGCUUUCGCUACAUCUAGCUUUUCAAAGAGGACUGAACACACCUCGUCGCCAUAUCAGUGUGUGAGUAGUCCUUCAUGAUCAGCGCUUCCGCACAUGUGUUUCUUCACCUGCGGGAAAUUACGAGGUCUUUAAAAUUGCGAGUCAGCGAAGGGUCCGUCAGGUGUUUAGCAAUGAUUAUUUUUAGUGUCAGAUCCCCGGCAAACUUCUCCUCGACUCGUCUCCAAUCUUUCCCAAAGGUGAGAAACGCGUGUCUUGAAGCGCUAAUAAUGAAAGUCAGCUCCAACAUUUCUUAUGAUUUGUCGUAGGUCUGAUAGACUACAACUUCUACUGCUUCCGUCAAGCCAUCAGUGAGGUAUUUGAGAUUUGUUUCAUUUACAGCUCUUAAAGUGAAAAGAUAUAUCAAAAGACCGAAACAAGAAUAACCACUAUGGCCAAGAGAUAAUGAACAGAAUGAGUGUUCUCAUGAGAACCUCAGGUUAAAAACAGGCAAACUACUAAAUGCGCGGGAAAACGCGGGUGACCAAACCAUGAUUAGUUUUCGGUGUACGGCUGAUUGGUCUAGAGGAAGGCGCGAGUUUUUUGGACCAAUCGCAGGGCAAGGUUUAGAACGGUUCAAACGGUGCGCGGAGAUGUUUUGUUUCAUUUGUUGUACAAAAUAUUUUUCACUGAUGUUUCCUGUUCUUCUUCUCCGCUCACACCUAAGUUGUUCUUGGCGCGAUUUGCGCAAAUCUAGGUUUGUACAGGGUUUAUAGGCGGUAAACCCACGGUUUGUGCUGAUUGGGUUUCGAGUGAUCAGGUUCAGGCUCAGGCCCAGGUCUCUUUUCGCUCAUUGCCGAUGAACACUCAUCCUCAGGGGCACCGAAUACUGCUGUUGCAAUAGUAGUUUAAAUUUGUUUCUCUUUGUUUGUUUUUUUUUUUUGUCUGUGUUUUUGUUUUAUUUGCUGGUUUUGGUUUUUGUUUGUUUGUCGAUUUUUGGUUUUCAAUCAAUCAGACAUUAGACACAGUAGAAAAGCAGUUCUUCCCUGUUGAACUUUUCUAAACCUUGACCUUGUAUACCAACUGACUUUAUGUUCUCGAAUUAGUCUUAGUGAUCAAUUAAAUUGUUGAAAUUUCGUUUCCUUUCGUCAGGUGUUUGAAGUCAAACGCCAGAUGAGGUCUGUGUCCGAUACUGGCUCCCAGUCCCCUUCAGCCGCCUACUCAAACGGCAGCGCAAUCCCCGCCCUGGAUCAUGAAAGAAAUGACAACGCUGUAGUAGUGUAGCGCAGGCUCAAAUGUGCUGUUUUGCAAUGUAUUCAGGAAGACAAAAGCGUCGCUGUACUUGUGAGGGAGAUUGUGUCUUACUUUAACAGGCCUUUCAUCUCUAGGAUAUGAAACAGCUUUCGCUGUCAGUUUUUGUCAAGCUGACUGAUCGUAGUUCUCAAAAUGCUAAUAAUGUGAUCGUUGUAAUCGUGAACCGUGUCGAGUCUUGCGUGGUACAGUAUACCGUAGACUUGACGCUGUUAUAAUUGUCUCGUUUUGUUUUCGUUCUUGUUUGUCAGGGUUGUUGUAUAGUUCCAUGUUUGAGGCAGUUUGAAAAGCCAAACAAAACAAAAACAUAGGCAACGGGAGAAAAAAAAGUAAAUAUAAAAUGUUUUACCAAAGCCGGGCUUAUUUCAACCUUGCUUUCCGAUAAUUUUUCACUCCCAGAAUUUCCAAGGUCUCUCCUCCGCAAGUUAAUAAAACCAACGUUACGUGACGGACUUAGCACGAGCCAAGAGUGUAGCGUGACAAGUUUAGAACCGACGAUGAGCGGACCACCUGUUUUGGCAAGGACUUAAUAUGAAGUAGGAAGCUGUCAGGUGAUUUAGUUCAUGAACCGGGCAGGUCUCUCAAUUAGUGUAAUUUAAUGUACUAAUUGUAAAUAAUUAUGUAAUUACGAGAACCCUGUGUUUCUUAAAAGGAGAAGUUUGAUUGGUAUUCGAUAGCAAAUCGUAACAAAUAAAGAAUCGCUUUCCCUCGAUUUUUGU